UGUAAGGAGAAAGUUCAUAAAUUUCCUGAACACUUCCAUUGGUUUACAUUUUUGGCCAAUUUUCUGUCAUCUUCUAAUAUGAAUAUUAAUUAAAAAUAUAAAACAAAACAACUGCAAAUCAGUGAACAAUUUUAAGGUAGGGAAAGUCCUAGGCUUUAAUUAUUUCAAGGCGUUGAAGUGUGAACAAAGGUAAAGUGUGUGUGCGGAAGAGGAAAAGUUCAAAAAUCAAUAAGCGUGUAAAAUUUGUAAACACGACAAGCCCUCGACCAGCCUCUCUGGGUCUCUUUCUCUCUCCCCCGGGAACCACCCCCAUUUCCCCCGGUGAACUGUGACCGCCAGCUGCCGAAAUAUAAAAAUCAUAAGAAAUAAAGAAAGGCUUCGGGCGUGAACGUAAAAACCACAGAAAAACCCCAUUAACUUUCGAGAUGAUGACCAUUUACGUGCUGCUACUGACAAUGAUGAUCGCUGGAGCAACGGCCACCGCAGAGCAGGUGGAAUACCUGGAUACACAUCCGCGGCAAUCUUCACCAGCGGAUCAUGAUCACCGCCUAAGCAAGCGCAUGGAUCUGGAGGUGUGUAUAGGCCACUUUGAUGUCCAAAACACCAUAAUACGCACUGGGGAGUCCCAGGCAAUUGGCGGCAAGUAUCUCCAGGGCCUCGAGCUGGACACCAUUGAGGAAUGCGAGCGUCUCUGCUGCGAGACGGAUGCCUGCGAUGUGUACAUCUUUGAGAGGAAAACCGGUGGCUACUGCUAUCUCUUCGAGUGUGGUCCACCGGAGAACUUCCAUUGCAAGUUCACGCGGCACUCCAACUACACGAGCGCCGUGUUGACUCCACAGGCCAGGCAGACCAGCGAGGUGGCCAGCACUCCACGUCCACAGCUACCGCACAUACCCAGCAACAAUGUCUCGCAGCAGGAAUGGGAGCUGAGCAACCUCAAGCUAAAACCGGAAGCGAGGGACAAGCCCUCGGUGGCCUCGUCAGUGGUGGCUCCCACCGGCUCGGGGGCAUCUGGAUCUGGAGUGGGUGUGGCCCAGGCCCAAGCAAUUAACCCAGUUCAAAGUGUUCCCAUUGCGCAUUGUAGCCGCUUCCAGUUUACCUGCCUCGGCGAAUGCAUUGCGGUGUACAAUGCCUGUGAUGGGAUUCCCCAGUGCGAAGAUGGCAGCGACGAGGGACCGGAAUGCGAUACCGUAUCAUCAAGUGCCACGAAAUCGAGUGGCAGCAGCAACAGCGUGGAGCCCGUGAAGCCAAUGGUGCAGCAAUAUGUACCUGUGCAGAACGUGCAGCAGCAAUUGCAAGUUGCCGCCCAACAACAGCAGCAGCAGCAGCAGCAGCAGCAACAGCCGCAACAUGUCAUUGUUCUGGGACCACCGCCACCGCCGCCACCACCACCGCCCAUGGUCAACAAUCGUGAAGAUGCCGCUGCCUGGGCCAACCGCAAGAUGAUUACCGAGGGGCAGCAGCAGCAGCAACUACAGCCGCAGCAGCAAUUGCAACAGCAGCAGCAGCAACAGCAACAGCAGCAGCAACAAGGAGGAAGCAUAAGCACAGAUGAGCAGAGCCACAUCUUCAGUCACAAAGGCGGCCUCCAAUUGCAGCCACCGUCAGCGAAUGUCCAGGUUCAGGGACAGCAGGCACAGGGAGGAGGAGCAGCAACUGUCCAGCAAGUUCAGGGGCAACCAACACCGCUCCAAGUGCCUGCCUAUGACACCAAUCAAGCCAUGUACGGGAUGUCGUUGCCACGCUCCGGAAUGUAUGUAUCCCAACAGCAGCAGCAGACACCACAGAAUCCCCUGCAGCAACUCCAGGCAGCGUCCUCUGGCCAGCAAAUGCCACCAAAUGUGGUAUGGCCACAACAGCAGCAGCAGCAGCAGCAACAGCAACAAACGUUGCCGGUGCAACAGCAGCCGCAGCAACAACAGGUCUAUGCUCCAGUUGCUCCCGCUCCGUCAGUUCAGCAUCAAACGGUGGCCAUGCUGCCAGUCCUGAAUGCUGCACCAGCUCAGGGCAAAAACCAGGCUCCUUCUGCUGAUGGGGAUUACGAGGAUUACGAUGAAGAAACCUACACAGAGGCUCCGAAGAAGAAGCAACACAAGCACAAGAAAGUCAAGGCCAAAACGGCUAAGGAUCCCAUUGAACUGGCCUUGGAGCAGAAUAAGCAACAGCAGGAGACGGCUGCGGCGGCAUCACUGCCAUCGGCAGCCCUGCUCGUACCCGUUUCCGCCGUGCACGAGCAGUACAAGAUGAUACACGAGAACCUGGCGAUGGAGUUCCGGGACCAUGACGGCCAUUCGGAGCGUCCUGGCGGAGCUGUGCUCUCGCUGACACUGGGCCUGCUGGUCACUGCCGCCUUGGCCAUUCUCAUUGGCUGCCGGAUGCGGACGGUUAGCCGGAGGGCACGACGUUUGGGCGGCAAGACGCCCUAUUCCCAGGAGGCCGACUUUCUGGUCAAUGGCAUGUACCUCUAAGGGAGGACACGGGAACGGGAACGUGGGGGUUGGCCAAGAUUUUUGUUGUUCCACAAUCUGCGGAGCGGGGAGCAUAUUAUAAAUA